AAAAAAAAUUUUUUCUUAGGAGACGUCAGAAUUCGUUAAUAAAUUUUUGUGGUUUUUUUAAUUAGAUAAAAUUGCAAAAUCUUUUUAAUUUAUUUUUCAAGUAAAGAAAAUUUAGUAUUUUCUAUUUUAUUUCUGAACAACCUAAAAAAGAAGAAAGCACAAUGACGUGGGAGCCUCAAGCAGAAGGAUUACAACAAAUUAUAACAAUACUAAAGGAGUCUCAAUCUCCUGUUACUGCUACGCAGCUUGCGGUUCAAAUGAAACUGGAGGAGUUGAACCAGUAUCCUGAUUUUAACAAUUAUUUGAUAUAUGUUCUGACAAAACUAACAUCAGAAGAUGAACCUACUCGUUCUCUAAGUGGAUUGAUUCUAAAAAACAAUAUCCGAAUUCAUGGUAAUAAUUUACAGCCUGAAAUAUUAGAAUAUAUUAAACAAGAAUGUUUAAUGGCUGUUGGUGACCCGUCACCUUUAAUACGGGCAACAGUAGGAAUUUUAAUUACAACCAUUGCUGGAAAUGGAGGUAUUGUACAUUGGCCGCAAUUGUUGCCUUCACUAUGUGAAAUGUUAGAUUCACAAGAUUAUAACGUUUGUGAGGGAGCCUUUGGGGCUUUGCAAAAAAUAUGCGAGGAUUCAGCAGACACGUUGGACAGUCCAGCUUUAAAUAGACCUUUAAAUAUUAUGAUACCGAAAUUUUUACAAUUUUUCCGUCAUACAAGCCCAAAAAUACGGUCCCAUGCGAUUGCCUGCAUAAAUCAAUUCAUAAUAAAUAGAUCACAGGCAUUGAUGUUACACAUUGACACAUUUAUUGAAAAUUUAUUUCAUUUAUCGCAAGAUGAGGAUCAUGAAGUGAGAAAAAAUGUUUGCCGUGGCUUGGUGAUGCUUCUUGAAGUUAGAUUGGAUAGACUUUUACCACACAUGAAUCAAAUUAUAGAAUACAUGUUAUUAAGAACACAAGAUCCGGAUGAAAGUGUAGCGUUAGAGGCAUCAGAGUUUUGGUUAUCUUUAGCUGAGCAAAAUAUUUGUAAAGAAGUUUUGGCGCCACAUUUACACAGAUUAGCUCCAAUUCUUGUUAGAGGAAUGAGAUAUUCGGAGAUAGAUAUUAUUUUAUUGAAGGCAAAUGUUGAAGAAGAUGAUAUGAUACCAGAUCGUGAAGAAGAUAUUCGUCCACGCUUUCACAAAUCACGUGCUCAUACGAUAAAAUCUGGCGAUGAAGACGAUGAAGAAGAUGAAGACGAUGAUGGUUUAGAUGAUGACAGCUCUUUGUCAGAAUGGAACUUAAGAAAAUGUAGUGCCGCCGCUUUAGAUGUUUUAGCAAAUGUAUUCCACGAAGAGUGUUUGCCCAUAGUUUUACCCAUUCUUAAAGAAACUUUAUUUCAUCAAGAUUGGGUAGUUAAAGAAAGUGGUAUUUUAGCAUUGGGAGCUAUAGCUGAAGGUUGUAUGUCGGGGAUGAUACAACACUUACCAGAACUUAUUCCAUUUUUAAUAUCAUGUUUGUCAGACAAAAAAGCUUUAGUUCGUUCCAUAACUUGUUGGACAUUGUCAAGAUAUGCAAAUUGGGUUGUUAAUCAACCACAUGAUCAAUAUUUAAAACCUUUAAUGGAAGAAUUAUUAAAACGAAUAUUAGAUUCGAAUAAACGUGUACAGGAAGCCGCCUGUUCAGCAUUUGCUACAUUAGAAGAAGAGGCUUGCACAGAACUAGUACCAUAUUUAGAAUAUAUUUUGAAAACAUUAGUUUAUGCUUUUUCAAAAUAUCAACACAAAAAUUUGUUAAUAUUAUAUGAUGCCGUUGGUACUUUAGCAGAUUCUGUGGGCCAUCAUCUUAAUACACCUGCUUAUAUUAAUAUAUUAAUGCCUCCUCUUAUUGAAAAAUGGAAUUUAUUAAAAGAUGACGAUAAAGAUUUAUUUCCAUUAUUAGAAUGCCUAUCCAGCAUAGCCACUGCUCUACAGUCGGGUUUCUUACCAUAUUGUGAACCAGUUUACAGACGUUGCAUUUCAUUGAUCGAACAAACAAUUAAUCAAGACAUGGCUCAUAAAUCUAAUCCUGGCGUAGAUCAACCUGACAAGGAAAGAAUGAUUGUUGCACUUGAUUUAUUAUCUGGAUUAGCAGAAGGAUUAGAUGGUCAUAUAGAAUCAUUAGUAGCAAAUAGCAAUAUCAUGCAAUUAUUGUUUCAAUGCAUGCAGGAUAUUUUACCUGAAGUCCGUCAAUCAUCUUUUGCUUUACUAGGCGAUUUGACAAAAGCAUGUUUUCAACAUGUCGCACCAUUCAUGUCAGAUUUCUUUCCUAUUUUGGGACAAAAUUUAAAUCCUGAUUAUAUUUCGGUAUGCAAUAAUGCUACUUGGGCUAUAGGAGAAAUUUGCAUGAAGUUAGGAGAGGAAACAAAACCAUAUAUUCCUCUGGUUUUAAAAGAACUUAUUGUUAUCAUUAAUAGACCUAAUACACCAAAAACACUCUUGGAAAAUACGGCUAUAACAAUCGGUCGUCUAGGUUAUGUGUGCCCCGUUGAAGUGGCCCCCUUUUUACAAGAAUUUGUACGGCAGUGGUGCACAUCUCUUCGUCAUAUAAGGGAUAAUGAUGAAAAGGAUUCAGCGUUUAGAGGAAUGUGUCAUAUGAUUACAGUAAAUCCAGCUGGAGUUGUUCCUGAUUUUAUAUUCUUUUGCGAUGCAAUAGCUUCUUGGGCAAAUCCACCCAGCGAUUUACAUCAAAUGAUACAAAAGAUACUGACUGGAUUUAAAACACAAGUCGGUGAUGAAAAUUGGAGAAGAUUUGUUGACCAGUUCCCACCAAAUUUAUCGGAGCGUUUAGUAGCAAUGUAUAAUAUUUAAACGAGAUUUAUCUAAAAAUUAAAUAAAUAAGGAACUCAGACUAAAAACUUUUAUUGAUUAAAAUAAAAAAAUAUUAGUUGUUUGCAAAUGAAUUUGGAAAAAUAUAUAUAUAAUAUAUGUAAAUAUAUAUCAACUAAUUGUAUUUAUAUAUAGUAUGUAUAUAGGAAAUAAAAAAUAUAUAUGGAGAUAUAUAUAUAAAUAAAAAAAUAUAAAGUAAUAUGCCAACUGAUAUACUACUAUUAUAUAUAAUGGUAUAAUGUAUUUUGCAUUAUGUAUUAUAAAUUUGAAGUCAAAAAUUUAUAUGAAUAUACUAUUGAAAUAAUAAUUAUAUUAUUUAAGUACAGUCAUUCCUCAUAUACCUUUCAAUUUUUUUCAAUAUUAUGUAAUGCUUUAUGUAGGUACAUUAUAAAAUUUAUUUAAAAAUAAAAGCAGAUCACAAAAAAAUUAAAUUCAUUAAUGAAAGGCGACUCAUAAAAUUUAGAUAUAUAACAUAUUAAUAAUAUUAUAAACUUUUUAUUUCAUUUAUUUUAUAAUAAUAUAUGAAACUAGUAGUAUAUUUAUUUGAGACGUUGAAAUAUUGUUUAAUUGUAAAAUUUAAUUGCAUUAAAAGUUUUUAUUUUUGUUUUAUUUUUUGUUGUAGAUUUUUAAUCAUUUUUUCAUCAUCAUAAUCAAAUAAUUUAUUUUAAAUUUCUGAGUUUAAAUAAAUCUU